AAGUCGACGACACCUCACGUGGCUGCAGCGUGGUUUUUCUAGUGUCUGAAAUGUUUCGGUCGGUCCGUUUUUGGAAAAGUAUGACGACGAGGAUGGGAUUCGAACCCACGCGUGCAGAGCACAAUGGAUUAGCAAUCCAUCGCCUUAACCACUCGGCCACCUCGUCCUGUACAGAGCAUAAAAAGCGCAAAUGUUUGUCUUCACCGCUGCUAAAUCAGAGGAAAAAGAUGGUGGACUCCCAGUACUACCUCCCAAAUGAUAUUGGCAUCUCUGCACUCGAUUGUGGUGAGGCGUUUCGUUUGCUUUCACGGCGGGAGCAGAUGUAUGCCCACUACCUGUCACGUGCAGCCUGGUAUGGGGGCCUUGCAGUGCUGCUCCAGACAUCCCCAGAGUCUGCAAACAUCUUUGUCCUGCUACAGAGAAUCUUCCGAAAGCAAACGCCUGCUGAGCUGGAACAGGUUGCUACAGCAGCUGGGGUCAGCCCUGAAGACUACCAGGCCUUUUUGGUAUAUGCAGCAGGUCUGUAUGCCAACAUGGGAAACUACAAGUCUUUUGGGGACACAAAGUUCAUCCCCAAUCUACCUAAGGACAAGCUAAAAGCUGUAGUGUGGGGUAGCCAGGCAUUUCACGAACAGCCCAGUGAGAUGGAAGCACUGUGGGACAGCUGUUCACGUCCCCUCUACUCCCUGGAAGACAAACAGAAGCAGCUGGGGUUAGGCGAUAAGGGCAUUACCACCUAUUUCUCAGGAAACUGUCACCUGAAGGAUGCGGAACUUGCCCAGAAGUUCCUCGAUUCGAAGAACCUGUCUGCUUACAACACUCGUCUGUUUAAGAAGGAGAAUGGAGGCAAAGCGUGCUAUGAAGUGCGCUUGGCAUCGGCUGUGCAAAAAGACUGUGUGGUUGAUGGAGAGGGUGAAUCGCAUUGCGGCAGCUUCAGCUUUGAGGACAAAGAGUUUACAGUGAAGAGGGGUGACUACGCUGCGCUCAUGGAAAAAGUUAGCUACUACCUCCAAAAGGCACAGGCCUACACUGCCAAUGAGAACCAGAAACGGAUGCUUGAGGAGUACGAGCGGAGCUUCACCUUCGGUUCUGUUGAAGCACACAAAGAGGGCUCACGGUAUUGGAUCAAAGAUAAGGGACCAAUUGUAGAGAGCUAUAUAGGUUUCAUAGAGAGCUACAGGGACCCUUUUGGCUCCAGGGGAGAGUUUGAAGGCUUCGUGGCGGUGGUGAAUAAAGCCAUGAGUGAGCGUUUUGCCAAGCUGGUGAGCUCGGCAGAAGUUUUACUCCCUGAGCUGCCCUGGCCAAGGGACUUUGAGAAGGACACAUUCCUCAAACCUGACUUCACAUCACUGGACGUGCUCACCUUCGCCGGGAGCGGAAUACCAGCCGGCAUCAACAUCCCCAACUAUGAUGAUAUCAGACAGUCGGAGGGAUUUAAGAAUGUGUCACUAGGCAAUGUGUUGGCUGUAGCCUAUGCCACUCAAAAGGACAAACUCACCUUUUUGGUGGAGGAGGACAAGGAUGUGUACAUAAAAUGGAAAGGUCCAUCCUUUGAGGUGCAAGUUGGACUCCAUGAGCUGUUGGGUCACGGUAGCGGCAAACUGUUUGUCCAGGAUGAUAAGGGUGAAUUCAACUUUGAUCAGACCAAGGUGACCAAUCCAGAGACUGGAGAACUGGUGUCUAGUUGGUAUCGGGGGAGUGAGACCUGGGACAGUAAAUUCUCCACCAUUGCAUCGUCCUAUGAAGAAUGCCGUGCCGAGUGUGUCGGCCUCUACCUCUGUCUCAAAGAGGACGUGCUUAGCAUCUUUGGCCAUGAGGCCCAGAAUGCAGAGGAGGUGGUGUACAUCAACUGGCUGAACAUGGUCAGAGCUGGUCUGCUGGGUCUGGAAUUCUAUACGCCAGAGACCAAGAGCUGGAGACAGGCCCACAUGCAGGCUCGUUUUGUGAUCCUGCGGGUGUUGCUGGAGGCCGGGGAGGGUCUGGUGGGUCUGGAGGAGGUGACCGGACAAGACGGCCGGCCUGAUGCUCGCAUCACACUGGACCGCAGCAAGAUCCACACUGUUGGCAAGGACGCCAUCCACAGGUUCCUCUGCAAACUGCAGGUCUGCAAGUCGACUGCAGAUGUGGAUGGAGGCAGGGCUCUAUAUGAGGGCUACUCUGCUGUCGACGAAAGCGGCUCUCACAACUUCCUGCGCCUCAGGGACACUGUGCUGCUGAGGAAAGAAGCUCGGAAGAUGUUUGUCCAGGCCAACACCAAAGUUAAUGGGGACACUGUAGAGCUGGUGGAGUAUGAGGGCAGUGCUGCGGGUUUGAUUCGCUCCUUCAUCGAGCGUUUCCAAGAAGACGCAGAGCAGCUGGAGGCCAACCUGUUGGAGCUGAGCAAAAGAGAUGCUCCCUGUUGGUGCUGAAGGCAGUUUUGUUCUGCGGGCUUUACUCGUUCCACCAGAUGUCAUCAAAUUUUUUUCAAGUAACCAUAUGUUAAAGCAAAAUAAUUUUUUUAACCACACUUAACUCAUAUAAAAACCGCAAAACAAUCAGUAUCCACAAAAGAUGUCUAUCAGAGUCCUUAAUUUUUGAUUAAAUUAAACAAAACAUACUGCAUUUCAGUUUGUAGUGUGAAUGAAGCCAUAGAUGCACCCUAGGCCUAUAACAGAUCUGCCAUAAACACCAACUGAGGUCUUCCAGGCCACAACUCAGAUUAGAAAACAGCUCAUCAAGCAUCAGGUUUGCAUUGGAAAAAUAACAGAAUCAGAGGUCCAGUGAAGGAAGCUUAUAGCUACUGAAUGAUCAGCAUUCUCACUUCGAAAUGGUUUUUAAUGAAGUAUUCCUAAAUGUAAUGCCUUCCUUGUAAAAAAUUAUAAGAUUAUUGCAAUAAAAAGAUGUAUUUAAUCAACUACAGUUGGUUUUUGCUCUCUGGCCAAACAGAUCUUUACAAUCUGAACAUCACCCACCACUUUUUGCUUUACUUGGUGAGAUUGUUUUUACAAUCAGCUUUUCAGGUAAAAUUGCAACUGUUUGGAGCUUUCCAACUUGGCCAGAAAGCGACAACCUUAACUGUUCGAUAAUUUGCCUAGUUAUGGUUGACUUUUAACAAGAUGGCGAGUCACUAAAACUUGUCUGAGAUGUAGCGUUAAUGAACAUUUUCGGUUUUAUUCUGUGUUGAGCUGAUGAUAUAUGCAGGUCUGUAGGUAUGAGAAAAGGUAUUUGUUUGUAAGAAGAAAAAAAAAAGGAACACUACUAUCACUUGACUAUAUAAUACAACUUGUCUCUGGUAGGCAUCAACCAACUCCGUAUAUGACAAACUUGAUGUGAUUCUGCAUAAAUAAAAAUGGUUUCAUAGGA